GUUAUGAACUUAUGAUCUUAUUUUCUUCCCUUUUUGCCUAACACAUAAAUAUUGGCAAGGUUUGGGUAUUUUUGUAUGGUUUUAGAAAAAAAAUCUUGAUACAUUGAUAAUCAACUUUUCGAAAUCUAGCCCUCACCCUACCAAAAAAAAAAAAAAACGAAAUCUAACGGCAAGGAAUUCGAAGUAAAAUCCAACGGUCGAAAUAUAAUAAAACCAAAACAGGAGGGGCUAUAAAUAAUUGUACAGCCCUAAUUAGAAUAACAUCCCAUUACUCAUUCUCUCGAGACCAUUCUACUAAAGUAAAACGUGUAAAGAGAGAGAGACUCACUUUCAAAUAAAUAAUUUAACUUAUUUAAAUAGUGUCUUUUCGUGAGGUGGUGAACGUGGCAAUAUUAGAUUGGUUUUUUUUUCCCGGAUAACGAUAUAGAUUUGUUGGCCGGAGAAAAAUGGGGAGGACGACGUGGUUCGACGACGAAGGGAUGAAGAAAGGAGAGUGGACGGCGGAGGAAGACCAGAAGCUCGUCGCUUACAUCAACGAGCAUGGCAUCUGUGAUUGGCGUUCCCUCCCCAAAAGAGCUGGUUUGCAGAGAUGUGGAAAGAGCUGCAGAUUAAGGUGGCUUAACUAUCUAAGGCCUGGGAUUAGAAGAGGCAAAUUCACUCCUCAGGAAGAAGAAGAUAUCAUCCAACUUCAUGCUGUUCUUGGAAACAGGUGGGCAACCAUAGCGAAGCAGAUGCAGAAUCGGACAGACAAUGAUAUCAAGAACCAUUGGAACUCUUGUCUCAAGAAAAGACUUUCGAGAAAGGGAAUCGACCCGAUGACCCACGAGCCCAUCAUCAAACACCUCACUAUCAAGACCACUAACGCAGAUUGUAGUAGCUCUUCCACCACGACGUCCCCAUCGCUGGAAAGCCCUCAUUCCUCCGGCUCGGCUCGUCUCCUCAACAAGCUCGCCGCAGGUAUCUCAUCUAGACAACACAGUCUCGAUCGGAUCAAGUACAUCUUCUCGAAGCCAAUAAUCGAAAGCAAUGAUCAAGUAAAAGAGGAAGAAGAAGAAAAAGAAGAAGGAGAAGAAAAAGAAGAAGGAGAAGAAAAAGAUUCAAUGAUGGAUCAGAAGAUUGACGGUAGUGAAGGAGAUGAUAUUCAGAUAUGGGACGUGGAGGAAGUUAGGCGUUUAAUGGAGAUUGGUGCAAUGGAGUACGAGAUGACUUCGUACGACGCUGUCAUGUACGACAGUACUCACAUACUUGAUCAUCUCUUCUGACUCAAUGUAGUGUGAGUGCAUGGAUGUGUUGUUAACAUAUGCUAAUUUAGCUAUGCUUUAAUUAAUGUUGCAAAAAUGAAUAUUAACGUGGACCAGCUCAGUUA